CUACCUCAGUAGGAAGGAAGCUUAAGUCACAGAAAUCUACGAGAGUGAACAUCAAGCUUUCCAAUUUUUAAUUACCCGUUUUUUCCAGUUCAAAUCGUCCAAUAAUUUUCCCAUUCUCAACAAGCACGACGCUAGUCCACUAAUACUAUUCCUAUAGUACCAUCACAAGGAUUGAAUCAGAUCAAUGUCAACAUCCUUACCCAUAAAGCUCCAGCCAUCAAAUCUCCGUCCCAUAGCGUAUAGGAUCUUAUCCAAGAAGCAUGGGCUCAAUCUAAAGACCGAUGCCUUGGCCAUACUUACGGAAACCAUCAGUUACAAGUUUGGGUUCGAAUGGAAGAGUGUGAGGUCGCAGCAGUUCAUUGAGGAAGUGGCGAGAAUCUGGAAACUUGAAGACAGAGGGUUGUUUAUUGACGGUGCAGGCCUCAAGCAAGUGCUCAAGGAGUUAUCCAAAAAGAAGGAUUCCGAAGCCGCUGGGGAGACAGUUCCAGCAGUAGCAGGAAGAUCAGACACCGUCGUAGAUAUUGUGGAAGAGGAGGAGGUUCCAGAAGAAGUAAUCAAUUGGAAAGACUACUUCAAAGUCAUAAAUCCUAAUCAACAACCAAAAUACAAGUUCGACAGACACAGAAAACAAUUCAAUUUGGUAAGCUCCAACAGCAUUCCGGGCCACUCUUUGAUGUCCAAAACCUUGGAGUCUACGGUGGAGUUGUUCUACAACCGUUACAAUCUCAUUUCAGACAGGCUCUCCAGACAUGAGAACUUUCAAAAGGCGUCCUACUCCAACGUCUCCUCUUUGCGAAGACUGGCAUUGGCAGGGUCCUCCAUACAGGGUCUGUCAGCUAGUAAUGAAAUCACCCUUAUCAAGAAUGUUCUUGGAAGAGACGGGAGUAAAUUCAUUCUCUUUGGUUUGUUAUCAAAGAACUCUGCUGGUGACUUUAUCCUUGAAGAUUCUACUGACUAUAUCGAGUUGAACAUCAGCCAGGCCUACAAGGCAGAGGGAUCCUUUUACUGUGUUGGUAUGUUUGUGAUUGUUGAGGGAAUUUAUUCUGCGAAUGGAGGCUCUUCCAACCAAAUGAAUGAUUAUAUUGGUGGAUGUUUUCACGUGAGUGUCAUUGGGCAUCCGCCUGCAGAGAGAAGGGAUGUCAGCAAUGAAAACUAUGGCAGUUUGGAUUUCUUGGGCAUUCAAGGUAAUGCUGGAAGUAGUUCCACCCUGGCUAAGGUGGAAAAAACACUUAAGAUCAAUAAACCGUGGAAGAAAAAGUUAAUUGCUUUGGAAAAGAGCUUGACUACUCACAAAUUGAUUAUGCUUGGGUCUGAUUGUUACCUAGAUUCAUUCAGGGUCAUGGAUGGACUUAAGAAGUUGUUUGGGGCCAUAGAAACUUCACUUGAAGACGAGUUCUCAGAACCCCUUGCAAUUAUUAUGGUCGGAUCAUUCAUAUCCAAGCCUCUAACUCCAACCAACUCAUCGGUGUCCACCAUUUCAAACUCAGAAUAUUACAAGAGUAACUUUGAUAAUCUUGCUAAUAUCCUCUCGGGGUUUCCAAACAUCAUAAAAACAUGUAAAUUGAUCUUAGUCCCCGGCAAAAAUGACCCCUGGCAGACUACAUACUCUCUUGGAAGUUCAAAUUUGAAUUACUUGCCACAGAAGAUGGUCCCCAACGUGUUCCUCAAUAGGUUGGAAAGGUUAUUCCCGAAGGGUAACCUUAUUCGGGCAUGGAAUCCGUUCAGAAUAAAUUAUCUCUCUCAGGAGAUUUUGAUUUUGAAAGACGACUUAAUGAGCAAGUUUAAGAGAAAUGACAUUAUAUUUGAACACGACUUGGAGUUGGAAGAGCAGUUAUUGGAGAAGGAGAAGAAGGAAAUGGGUAAUGAUGAAGAAAGAAUCAACAAACUCGUACUGGGUCAGAAUGGAGACGUACAUAUUCCAGAAAAGAUCAAGCAGGCCAGGAAAUUGGUCAAAACGCUUCUUGAUCAAGGUAAUUUGCAACCCUUUUUGAGAUCACUAAAAUUAAUAGACCCCAACUAUGACCAUGUCUUGAGAAUCGAACCGCUCCCCACUGUACUCAUACUUCAAGACGCAGGGGUUGAGAAUUUCGAGGUGACUUACAAUGGGUGUAAGGUUGUGAAUAUUGGAAGGUUGAUAGGAAACAGUGGACGAAGAUUAAAUUAUGCCGAAUAUUACCCAUCAGGAAAGCGGUUUGAGUUCAAGGAGAUUUACUUCUGAUCUAAGCAACAAGGAUCAUGAGCUUUGAGGGUUCUCUAAUCAAUUGCCAUGCGCGUAUAAGUGCCCUGUUCUCAUAUAAAAGGAUAGGUGCGUAAAUGUCACUACAAAAUUAAUAAGACCAUUUACACUAAGAAUAAAAUAAUAUUGUAAAUAAUACUAUCCGUAAGGGUGCACUUGUGAGGAUUGCAACUAUUGCGGUAUUGCGUCUUCUUUUUGACGUACAGCAGAACGGCGCAAUUAACUCGGAACUUGACGUUGUACUGCGCAAUAGCAAGCAUUUGUGGGAACCGUAUCUGUGUGCCCACACAGGCGAAGUCUUGCGAGAAAAAUACAGGAACCAAACCUUGGCGAAUAAGGGAGAAUUUCUACGAAAGCUGUAACACAUAUUUGGCAAUCUCCAACUGGAUGUCAACGGGAUGUCAGCUAGAUGUCAAUUAAAUAGGAUGUAAUUCGCUUUCGUAAGUGAUAAGUAAUGCGUGAUC